GCCCGCGCGUCUCGGCACUCCGACCGCACACUUCACUCACCACCCAGAAACACCAUCACUCCCACUGCCACCAUCACCUCACACACCCGCCAUCUUGCUGGCAACAUGGCUGAAGAACGCGGCAAAGGAAUCUCCCUGCGCAAGAAGCGCACGGUGAAGCCUAAGGGGGCUAAGGAGAUCAGCGCCCCGCGACAGAUCAGUGCUCCUAUGCCUGCUGGCCUGGCCGCCGCGACGGUAUCGAGCAAUGGACGGCCCUCCAACGAGUCCAGCCGGUCGGCGAGGAAGAUGGACGCCCCCCGGGAGAGACCCAAGCGUGCUGAUAAGACAGCAGAUCUAGUGAAGAGGCGGUACUCGCAGAGAAUCACGCAGCUGCCCAGUGACUUUGGUGCUGGGGCCCCGAUGCCCGCCCUGCCCCAGGUCCCGAGCCAGUACAGAGACGCCCCGCCCAGCAGGGACGGGCGGCCGCCGGGGAGCUCGGAUGGUCGGGCUUUGAAGGUGGACAUGAAGGCACUGCGAGACCCGAAUCUCAGGCCAGAGCAAUAUGUGGCCACCCUCCUCGCAGACGCAUCCGAAGACGACAUUCGUCGCUUCCAGGACGAGCUGCGGAAGGUAAAGAACCGCACCUCAACCGAUCUCCAACACAACGUGUAUCAGAACCGGACGCAGUUCAUCAAGAUCAGCAAGGAGGCAGAGAAGCUCAAGGGCGAGAUGCGCACCCUUCGACAGCUCAUGUCCGAACUGACUGGGACCCUGGGACAGACCACCUCUGCAGCUAGCACCUCGGGGGACACGCUGACAGCGAGAAAGGCUGCCAACAGGAGCUCGGUCGCGAAUCUCGAGGCGCUCUGGAACUCGCAUUUGCAGGAGCUGUGGAAGAGAGUGGAAGGAUCACAGAAAUAUCUACCCGCUAUUCCAGGCCGCCACAUCGUGUGGGAGUCGGGCAGGUGGGUCGAGCUGAAUGCGGCUACCUGGAAAGCCCGGCGGCGCAUCCACUUGAUUCUUCUCAACGACCAUCUGCUUGUGGCUGCGGAGAAGAAGCAGCGGGCCGAUGCUGCUGGACAGAGCUCUCGUGAGAAGAAGAGCCAGGGCAAGGAAUGGGUGGCACAGCGAUGUUGGCCGCUUCAGGACGUGCAGAUAGCAGAUCUAUCUUCACGUGCAAAGACAGGGGCCUCGGAAGGCAAGGGAGCGUCCAGCGCCAUUAACAUCCGCGUGGGAAGCGAGUCCUUCACCUUCGCCGUCUAUCAGGGGGAUGCCAGCGAGAAGGCGACAAUGCUUUCGACUUUCCGCAAGACCCUUGAGGACCUCCGGAAGAGCACCGAGGCCGAGACCGAGGAGAGGGGCAAAGCUCAAGAUUCUGUCAACUAUUUUGCUACACGCGAUUUGAAUAUUUUGAAGAAAACCGAGUUGAUGGAGAGUCUGACUGAUAAUGUCGCAAACCAUCGGGCCAGCAUGAUCGUUGACGUUGAUGGGAAGCAGCAGAGCAUCAGAUGGGUCGAGAGCCAGCUCGAUGACCUGGAUAUUGACAUUGCAUUGCAACAAUUCGAGGAUGCUGUCAAGAAGGUGGAGCGACUAAAGACGCUAGCAAAAAAUAUCAGGAGUAAUGCCAUGGCCCAGGGCAUCGUGACCUUCAAAGUCAAUGAACGGGCCGCUAAACUCGCAAACGUGCUCAUCAAGCAGAUGGUGGAGAACAACUCGUGGAUCACGUCGGUGAAGAAGCACGUCACGUGGAUUGUCCGGCUCGGCUUUGAGGAGCGGGCAAGAGAAGCUUACCUCGAGGCACGGGGUGAAGUCAUCAAAAAGCGAUCGCGACAAUGCGUAUUCGAAGGCAACCUCCCCGACUACAUCUUCCAAAUAUCCUACAUCUACUUCACCAUCAUUAAGAAUACUGUCGAUGUCUAUCAAAAGUGUUUCCCGCAGCUCAUGAUGUCCGCUUGUGUCAAGUGGGCUAAAGAGCAUGUUGAUGCCUUUAAUGUAAUCUUAGCAAGGCAGCUCAGUAGCGUUGAUCAGGACAGCCCAGUAUGGAGGGAUUGUAUGGAUCAGGCAUUUGCACACGCCGGGAUGCUGACGGAAGUUGGCUUGGAUUUUAAGGAGUUGGUUGGGAAAGGGGUUGAGGAGGAGGAAGGGGAAGGGAGGCCAGUUGGGCUUGGCCUGAGUUCGUGACUGGUCCUUGUAAAGAACAGAGAGGGUCGUAAUGUCUUCUAAUGAACUAACCCUGCCUAAACCCUUCCCAAUUGUUUUGGCGCAUCAUUAGCAUAGUGCCAACUCCACGUUGCGAGCUGCUGAAUUGCAGUUAGUCAGAG